UUCUCCUGCCGACUCACUGUUCUCGCAGAGCAAAAACUGUGCUGCCGUUAUUCCUAUUCCCUGCCGUCGUCGCGCGAAGAAACGUCCGGUGGUGCACUUUACUUGGUCGAGGAUGGCCGCGAUGCUGUCCAAUUGUUCGCGGUUCGCUACUCGCGCGAUCACGCGAGAUAGUGUGUUACGGGCCAAGAUUACGAGAUCGUUGUACAGCCAAGGGAGAACCGUACUUAUCCAAACUAAACAUGUAUUCAAUACCAAAACAAUAUUAUGUAGGAAAUAUAAAGGAAACCAACGUUGGAUAAAUCAAGUGAAACAUAUACAUUCAACUUCGGCUUUAUGGGAAAUCAGAGAAGUUGUAGUUCCUGCAUUUGCCGAAAGUGUAAGCGAGGGUGACGUGAGAUGGGAGAAGAAAGUUGGUGAUCAGGUCAAGGAAGAUGAUAUUCUUUGCGAGAUCGAAACAGAUAAGACUUCGGUCCCUGUUCCGUCGCCUGGUCCUGGCGUCAUAAAAGAAUUGUUCGUUCAAGAUGGCGAUACUGUGAAGCCAGGACAGAAGUUGUGUACUAUCGACAUAGGAGCAAGCGGCGGAGCCACGGCCGCACCUGCGACGGAGAAGCCGAAACCCGCUGCGGCUGCUCCACCAUCCCCGCCACCAUCAGCGAAAACACCUAGUGCGGCGGCUCCUCCACCACCGAAACCCGCGACACCACCCGUGCCGCCUCCCGCUGCUCAACCACCACCUCCACAAGCACCUACAGCUUCAAUGCCGGUUGCAGCCAUCAAACAUGCGCAGUCGCUGGAAGGUGCGAAAGUUCAAUUACCUCCCUCCGAUUAUACGCGUGAGAUAAUCGGUACCAGAACAGAGCAACGAGUGAAGAUGAACAGAAUGCGUCUACGUAUUGCGGAACGUCUCAAGGAUGCGCAGAACACGAAUGCUAUGUUAACCACGUUCAACGAGAUUGAUAUGAGUGCUAUUAUGGAAUUCCGAAAAUUACAUCAGGAUUCCUUCACGAAGAAGUACGGUAUCAAGCUUGGAUUCAUGAGUCCGUUCAUCAUGGCCAGUGCUUAUGCUUUGAAAGACCAACCUGUAGUAAAUGCUGUCAUAGAUAGGAAUGACGUCGUAUACAGGGAUUAUGUUGAUAUCAGCGUAGCAGUCGCGACGCCGAAAGGUCUCGUCGUACCGGUACUUCGCAGUGUAGAGAAUAAAAACUUUGCCGAUAUUGAGAUUGCUCUGGCCGCGCUUGGUGAUAAAGCUAGGAAAGGGAAAAUCACUGUCGAGGACAUGGAUGGUGGCACUUUCACGAUAAGCAACGGCGGCGUUUUCGGCUCGAUGAUGGGAACUCCUAUUAUUAAUCCACCACAAAGUGCAAUUCUUGGGAUGCAUGGCGUUUUUGACAGACCAGUCGCCAUUAAAGGACAGGUUGUAAUUCGACCAAUGAUGUACAUAGCUUUAACGUACGAUCAUCGUCUGAUUGACGGACGCGAAGCUGUGAUGUUCUUGAGGAAGAUCAAAGAUGCUGUAGAAGAUCCUAGGAUUAUGUUAGCUGGUCUUUAAUAACUGAAGACAACGUUUGCUACAUGUAAUGUGCGUUGUUUAAUAACUUUUACGACCAUUGUGAAUAAACAAGAGCGCGACGUCUGAAGGAAAGUCUUAAAGACGAUAGGAGAUCUUUCCGCUUGUAAGAGUACUUACUUAUCAUUGGAAUUAAGGUCUCGCUACCUUAUCUCAAUUCUAUUUAUUUUCCGAGUGCACGUGUCAGAAAAAUCGCCGCAUGUAAUGAUAAACACGUCACUUAGUUCUGCUCAUCCUUGUAAUCUUGGAUUGUCAUCCUGAAAAUAUUGUAAGCCAAUUUUAGUCGGUAUGAACUCAUUGUUGAAUGUGAUUUUUAUUAUCGAUUUUUCGACGAGACGGCAGCGCGCGUAACUGCGUUAUGUAUGCGUAAUCGUUAUUUUGUUUGAAACAGACUUAAAUUUCUGUUCUCUUAGUCUUCAUCUUAGUAAUUUGUAGACGUCUGAUAAACAAAAGAAACCUGGUGGGGUGUUGGAAACCAGGAAAAUUAGAAAAUACUUGAUUAAAUGUAGAUCCACAAGCUAAAAUAAAAUCUCACCAAUCUA